AUGGCGGGCUGUGGGCAGCCGAAGAAUGAGAUUCCCAGCUACUCGCUGGAUGGCUUGUCCAAAAGGUGGGAGAAAUGUGACACUGUCAGGCGCAACGUGUUGUUCCACGGCACACUGAUGCAGUGGAAAUCUGUGGAAGCUACAGGGACUGCCUCGUAUGCUGCCAGUGCAUUGAACUUCGAGGCGGUCCGGGAGUUUUUCACGGUUUGGACACAGGUAUGUGACAAGAAGCGGACCCCGUCAUUGGCCCAAGACCCCAAGGUGCGCGAGCUGCGACGCAUCCUCCUGGCAGCUUGGGCGCCCGAGAGAAUUCACGAGCAGGAUGACGAUGCUACGGCUGGGGAAGCUUCCGCCGACGAGGAUGACAUGGAUUAUGCUGAGCUUGAAAGCAGCUUGGGGGGUGAAGGUGAUGACGACGAUGAUGAAGACGAGGAGGAUGCCUCCUUUGACUGUGAUACUUCGGAUGGUGAUGCUCUAUUCCAGCCCGAGGUCCUGCUUGCAGAUGCUGCAAACGAUGCAGCAGCAGAGACUUUUGAAGCAAUUGAGCAACACCACAAGGAAGACCCAGCAGAACCCGCAGCAGAGAUUCCGUCAGCAAGCGAGCACGACAACAAGGUGGACCCAUCGGAACCCACAGCGAAGAUUCCUUCAGCAAGCAGGAACGACAACAAGGAGGACCCAGCCGAACCCGCAGCAAAGAUCCCGUCAGCAAGCAAGGACAACAGAAAGGAAGACCCAGCGGAACCCACAGCAAAGAUUCCGUCAGCAAGCAAGCACAACAACGAGGAAGACCCAGCAGAACCGGCAGCAAAGACUCUGAAAGCAUGCAGGCCAGACAAGACGAAGGACCCAGCAGAACCGGCAGCAAAGAUUCUGAAAGCAUGCAGGCGAGACGAGACGAAGGACCCAGCAGAACCGGCAGCAAAGAUUCUGAAAGCAAGCAAGCACAACAACCAGGAAGACCCAGCAGAACCGGCUACGGACAGCACGACUCGCUCAGAGGGUUCAAAGCCGUCUAGCAAUCCAGUGCUGCCCCAGUCUGAGACAGACCGACGCCGGGCUAUCUCUUUGAUGAAGGAUCGUUUGAAGGAACUCAGGCAGAGGAUCGAGCACAGGCAGCAGGCCAAGAACGCCGUGCCCGGACCAGUGGUGGACCCGAGUACACUGGAUACUUGCCCAUCAGACCUGGGUGCGAUCUCUGAGCAGUGGAGCCAGCAUGUGAAGCCCGAGCCUAUCGAGAUUGAAGACUCGCCACUCCGAUCCGGCCAAGUUGUGCAGCCUAAGAAGCCGAAGCAGGUAGUCACCCCGCCGCCGCAGGAAGUCUCCACAGCAGGAAUUCCUUUGUUGACAGCUUCAGGGGAUGUGGCUGGGGGUGACGGUGCAACCCCGGCUCCUGCUGGGAACUCCAUGCUACGUCGUGCAAAUGCCUACGAUGAGGAGGCCAUGAAGGACCUCAGCAAGGAGAGGCAGGAUAAAGUUGCACAGCAAAGGAAGGAUGAGGAGCAAGCAGAAGCCGCCGCAGCGGCUGCAAGCAAUCACAGCGGGGAGGGGAAAGGUGGCCGUGGGGGAAGAGGCCGUGGUGGCCGUGGGGGUAAAGGCGGCG